AUGCGCUCCUUCGACAGAAACGGACAGCUUCGUGGGCGUUUGUCGCGGGCGCGAAGAGAUCCCAUGGAUGGUGCCGCUGAUCCUUCCUCUGAUGAUCGUGCGCCCUUGUGGAGUCUUUCCGGACUCAUAGAUCAUGUCAGCAACAGUCGAUCUACGGUGCCAUCUUCCCCGCCCGUUCUUCGAACCCUGGCGACUGAACUCUAUCAGCACACAAUCGGAACAGCAGAAUGGUCUCCGAGGAUUCAGAGCCUGCAGCCUUUGAACGAAGUCCCUGACCACAUCAGCCAAGAUGACAACGCAACGAAUACUGAGAGCAUAGAGCAUCAGCGUCUGAUGGCAGACAACGCCGAGCUCGCGCAAGCGCUGCUUGAUAUGGAUAAGGAGCUCAAUGCAGCCGAACAAGCAACCCGCGGUCUUGCAGCGUGGACAAUCAACGAACGCACCCGGCUGAUGACCGAAGCUUCCCACCAGCGCCUUCUUGGAGAAGAAUACGAAACCAUACUUCGCCAACGUGACGAGCAAGUCAUUUAUCUGCUUGAACGGUAUCAGGAAGUGAUUUUUAAUCACACGCAGAUGUUGGGGCGUGAGGGUGAGGUGAUGGGCCGAGGUGCUUCCAGGGACAGCCUGAUGAAAAUCAACAAGAUGAGGUCGCAAGUCGGCUUACCACAAAUCGACCAGUGUGGUACUGUUAUGAUGUUGCCAGAAAAGGACGUUCAGCACGGUACUGUCCAGGAAUUUCCGUGGGCAAAUUACCAUAUCACGCAUGAAGGGCAGACUAACGCAACCGUGAAGAAAACUCAGUGGGACCGUGGUGCUCAGACCGAUAAUAUGGCGAUCGAUACCAAGCAGGUCAAGCAGGCCCCUGGUCAGUACGUCGUCAGCGAGGUCACGAAGGAAGACCCUGGUUUGAAGGCGCCUGAGCAAGGCGAGGCGAUCGAAGACGAGGAAGGAAUAAUUGCGGAGGUAGCCGUUAGUCAGCGUGUCCAGGGGGGCUGCUCGAGCACCAUUAGUCUUCUUCGCACUGAUCCCCCGGCGCACUGGCACAUGCGGUUGUGGAUCGACGCUCCGCAUCUCAUUCAGGGUACUAUGCAUCAGAUUGCUGCUUGGUCAUGUCUUCGGCAUGAAAUACGGGCACCAGCGCACCGAUCGCGACAAGUACAUCGAGGUCCUCUACAAGAACCUGUCCAAGAGCCCGUCCUCACCGAAGACGAUCUCUGCUUGGACUACAAGAAAGCAACACACCAUGACUGUACCUGUCACAAGUACAUCAAGGGUGUUAAUCUCAACGGCGAGACGAUUACGGCUGGCAGCAGGGAGUUUGACUACAAGAGCAUCAUGAUGUACGACUCCUUCGACGGCGGUAGUUACAAUUGCCCGGAUAAGUUCGUGAAUCGCCCACUGUCGCGAUGGAUAGUACCCGAGGAUCAGGGCAAGGGGAAGGAUCGAGUCCAGAUUCAGCGCGGCGAGGUCGCGGACCUGGAUUACGAGUGGAUCAAGACGACAUACCCGUACAAGAAACCACCGAAGUGAGGCUGAGCCACUGCUGCGUAUGUCGGGUAUGAACUGAAG